AUGUCACUGGCAGAGCAGCUGCAGGACGUGGUUCGUGUGCGGUGCAAGUCCAGGAGGCGAGGGGAGAGGAGGCGAGGCGAGAGGAGGCGAGGCUUCACUAUCAGUGACCAUCACGAGUGGUGUAAUAACUGGGCACUGGUGGAGAGUGAGAAUGGAGCGUAUAAAGGCUGCAGAGCAGGAAAGGUGCUUCACAGUCAUUUGUACAAGUUCCCAGAACCUUUCUCUGGUCAGACUGUGGUGGUCCUGGGAGCAAAAGCCUCAGGGAUAGAUAUUUCCAUUGAACUGGCCAAAGCCGGUGCCAAGGUGAUUCUGAGUCACAGAGACUCUCCACUGGCAUUUCCUCUUCAUCCUGGAAUUCAACAGACCAGUUCAGUGGUGGCGAUCAAUGACAACGGCAGCAUUCGCCUUCAGGAUGGCUUGGUGUGUGAGGCUGACGUCCUGAUGUUCUGCACUGGGUACAACUUCAAGUAUCCCUUUCUGGACGCAGCCCAACUGGGUGUGGAGAUCCAGGAUCAUAUAGUGUCCCCUCUGUACAGAUUUAUGGUUCCUCCUGCCUUCCCCAGUCUCUUCUUCAUUGGUAUCUGUAAGAUCAUCUGCCCCUUCCCCAACUUUAACUGCCAGGUCCAGUUUGCACUGGCAGUGUUGGACGGCACUGUCACGUUGCCGUCUCGGGAGCAGAUGGAGGAGGAGGUCCGACGGGAGCAACAGGAAAAGCUUGAGCAGGGAGUCCAGUGGCGCCACCUUCUAAAAAUGGACCAGGGUCAGUGGGAGUACUGCGACAGGCUGGCACUCACUGCCGGCUUCCCCCCGCUGCUUCCAGUGGUCCGCAGUCUGUACGAGGAGACGUGGCGACAGCGACAGAUUCACCCCGAAAACUACCGGAAGAACAACUACCGGAUAGUCAGCACAACCCAGUGGGAGCUGAUCGACUGAUGAAGCAUGAAACAACCGAUUGUGUACUGGUAAUAAGAACCAUCCUGAGGAGGAGGAGGCGACAUUUCAGAUGCUGAGGAACAAAAAAAAA